AUGAGGAGGGAUCCGCCACAAUCUGCCGGCUCCAGGGGGCUGGCGGCGCUAUCCGCCAGCCUCGCGCGGGGCAUCGCCGGCAACCCCGUGGACAGCAAUCUGGUCUUCUCGCCGCUCUCCAUCUACACCGCGCUCGCGCUCGUGGCCGCCGGCGCCCGCGGCGCCACCUUGGACGAGAUCCUCCGCGUCCUCGGCGCGCGGUCCCGCGGCGAGCUCGACGAGUUCGUCGCGCGUGCGGUGGGUGGCGCGCUGCGGGACCGGACAGACUCCGGCGGCCCGCGCGUGGCGUUCGCGUGCGGCGUCUGGAGCGACCUGGCGUGCCCGCUCAAGCCCGGGUUCCUCAAGGCCGUCGUCGACGGCGGGUACAGGGCCGAGGCCUCCACCGUCGACUUCCGCGGCGACCCCGACGGCUCGCGCCAGCUGAUCAACGCGUGGGCGGCGCGCGCCACGAACAACCUGAUCGACUCCGUCCUCGGCCCUAGGUCUGUGACCGAGUCCACCCGCGUCGUGCUCGGCAACGCCGUGUACUUCAAGGGCAAGUGGGACCAGCCCUUCGACGAGAGGAACACCGCCGACGCGCCGUUCCGCCGGCUCGGCGGCGCCCUCCCCGUCGACGUGCCCUUCAUGCAGAGCUGGGAUGAGCAGUUCGUGGUCGUGCACGACGGGUUCAAGGUGCUCAAGCUUCGGUACAAGAUGGUGGACGCGCUCCUGACGCGUGAUCCCAAGAAGCCCGCCCCAUUCUUUCCAAAGCGUGCUCCGCUCCUCCGUCCUGAUCGAUUCUCUCAUGCCGCUUCACCUUCCCGCCAUGGUUCCUACGGCCGCGCCGGUCCGUAUCCAUACUCCAACGGCCAUCCAAACGCAUCUUCCAGUCUCGCCGGCUCGUACGGCGGCAAUAACACGUCGUCGACCGCGUCCUCCAACAACAACAGUAACAACUUUAACUCCAGCUCCACACACUUCUCCUUGUGCAUCUUCCUCCCGGACGCCGACGACGGCCUGCGCAGCCUGGUCGACGCGAUCGCUUCACGGCCGGGCUUCCUGCGCGACCACCUGCCUCGCCGGAAGGUCGAGGUCGGCGAGUUCCGGGUGCCCAGGUUCAAGCUGUCCUUCCACGACAGCGUGGUCGACGUCCUCAAGGAGUUGGGCCUCAGCCUGCCGUUCAGCCCGCUGGGCGACCUGUCCGACAUGACGGGACCCGACGACUCCGGCUUCGGAAUGAUCGUGGACGAAGUCGUCCACAAGGCGGUCAUCGAGGUGAACGAGGAGGGCACGGAGGCCGCGGCUGUCACCAUGGUUACUGACCGGUUUGGCUGCGCGGCCAGGUGCAAUCCGCCGCCACAGGUGGAUUUCGUUGCUGAUCACCCGUUUGCCUACUUCAUUGUGGAAGAGGAGAGCGGCGCCAUCGUCUUCGCCGGCCAUGUCGUUGACCCCUCGAGAGAAAGUUAG